GAAAAAUGACAUGCAUGUUAGCCUCUUGUGGUUUGGAAACAAGUCUCGUAACAAUUCUAUAACUGACGGUAUAUUUAUUGAUUAUUUUAUACCGAACAAAGAUGAGCACCAAAGCUGUGCGUCUUUUUCGUAAACUAGACGGAUUGUUCGCUGUGUACAAACCGCAGGGAGUUCACUGGAAGCUUGUGCGUGACAACAUAGAGUCACAUUUACUGAAAGAACUAAACUCCUGCCCUCCACCACCACCACGGUUAACUGUGCAGUUUCAGCUUUUGACAAGUGGAGAGAACAGAAGCUCUACAGAUCUUAUAUUAUCGCCCUCUAUGGUCCCUUCACUAGCAGACCACCCUCAAGUGACAGGGCCACAGUUUCACAAGGUUCAUGUUGGAAUUGGUCAUCGCUUGGAUGCUUUUUCCUCUGGAGUAUUAGUUUUAGGGUUGGGGAAAGCAAAUGGAUUGCUGGAGCAUCUGUGCAAAUCACAUGUGACUAGGGAUUACACACUUGAGGGGGAGUUUGGAAAAGCCACAGAUGACUUCUGUCACACAGGUCGAGUCGUAGAGAAAACCACAUAUGACCAUGUUACUCAAGAUAAAUUAGAGAGAGUCCUUGCGAUGAUGCAGGGGGCCAAUCAGAAAGCUUUAAUUAUGUAUUCUCAGGUGGACCUACAGACUCAAGAGGCUUAUGAGCUUGCACUGAAAGGUUUAUUGUACCCUCAUGGUAAAAGUCCUCCCAUUCUGACUGGCCUACGAUGCAUACAUUUCAAUCCACCACAUUUCACUUUGGAGGUCCAGUGUGUGAAUGAAACUCAGAAUUACCUGCGCAAAUUGAUUCAUGAGGUGGGAUUAGAGCUGCGGACGUCUGCGGUCUGUUCUGGAGUUCGUCGUACAAGAGACGGUCCCUUUAAAGUAGAGAAUGCACUGACCCGCCAACAGUGGACUACGGACAAUAUUAUACAAGCUAUUGCUCACUUUCGAAGCACUAAACGCAAAAUCAGAAAGUCUGGAAUCUACCGACAGACUGCUGCCCAAUCAAACACAAGCAUCCAAGAGCAAAAAAGCAAGGGGCAUGAUGAUGCCCAAAACUUUUCUUGUGAUACGAUGGUCGGUAGAGAGUCAGCUGAGAAAAGGGAUGAAGAGAGUAUGAUGAAAAGAGUAGAUGAAAAAAAUUCAAGCAAUUGUAGUACUGUCCUAAAUUGAGAUUAUUUUGAAUGUCGAUGGUCACCAGGUUAAUGUAAAGGUACUCACUUAGUUUAAUUUAUUACCGUCUUACAUUCUCUCUGAUAUACAUCAUUAAAAGAUGUCAUAAUGUUAAAACAUCCAGGUAAUAUCAUUUGACGUACAAUUUACAAAGUAUUUUACUUUGCUUACAUUCAUCUCUGUACUUUCUUAUACUGUUUUUUUCAUCUAAAAAAAAUACAUUACAUUACUUUUCUCUUUAAUACUUCAAACGCAUUUUUUAUGUUUUUAAUAGUAGAUGAAUAUGAUAAAUCUAGCACUUUAACUUUAUGAAUAAAAAAAGUUAGUAAAAGGAUAGAACUGGAGUUUUCAUGUGCUCUAGUGUUAAAGAUAAAAAACGGCAAGAAUGAAAUGAGUGACUGUGUACUGAAAAGUAUGAUAUAAUGCUUUAUAAUGUAGUGACGUGUAUUUUUCCAAAAUAAAACAACAUUUAAAA